AUGGCACGAGCCCCACCCUCACCUUUGACCCCCAUCAAUGUCCCACCAUCACCUCUGACCCCCAGCAAUAUCCCACGUAACUUAAGCUAUAUCGCAGGCCUGUAUGAACGAGCCUACUACCGUACUGCCCGGCCAAGCCUGGCUGAGGACUCAGGAACUGAGGGCUCGGAAUCGGAGUCGGAAAGCAGGCCACGAAGUAGAACCAGGAGACGACGCCAUCUCUUUGGAGGCCCAAAGAGGAGGGGAAGACGCCGAACUCGCUCUGCUCCAGCCCGGGGCAGGAGUAGGGGGGCUUCACGCAGCCGCAGCCCUGGAACACGGAAAAGGGUUCGUUUUGCUGACUCUCUGGGCCUCGAGCUCACCAGCGUAAGGCAGUUCUGGCCCAACGACCUUCCACAGGUGCCGGAGCGUGUCCAUGCCCAGCUGAGGCGUGAUUCUCUCAGCCAUUUUGCUCCUUGCCUGCCUUUUUGCCCACCUGUGAAGGAUCCUCUGAAUCUACGGUGCCAGCUGGAACCCGCCUUCCCGGACCCGCUCUCCAUGCCUGAUUUCUUGCCACGCCUCUUGGCACAGUGUGUGCUACUGGAGGGGGCCCGAGCUGAGGGAUCCAGUGUAUCUGGCACCAUCCGGGUGCUCAACUUGGCCUAUGAGAAAUGGGUCUCUGUGCGGUAUACCUGGGACUCGUGGGCCACUCAGCGUGAAGCUCGGGCAUCCUACGCCGCCCCUGCGGGCCGGGACCGGGACCACGCCGACCGCUUUGCCUUCCGCCUGCCACUGCCUGUCCCAUUGCCUCCAGGGGUUAGCCUAGAGUUUGCCCUCUGCUACCUUGUGGGUGGGAAGGAAUUUUGGGACAACAACCAAGGUCGCAACUAUUCUCUGAAGCCCCCACCCUCUGUGGAGGAGGAGGAGGAGCCCCCCAGCCCCACUCAUGAUUGCUGUGAGACAGGAUGGAUACACUUCUUAUAG